GUUGAGCGACGGCAAUCGUAGAUUAUUCCUUACCAUCCAGAUGUUUACCGAUUAUGCCUUGGCAAAUUUCGACCAGAGAUUUUGUGGGCAUUGAUAGUCAUUGAAGGUCUGGAAAAGAAACAGACAGAGCAAUGGGGGUUUUGAGGUAAUGGACAGAGGUGGGAGCGUUGAAAGAGAAAACGUGACUACUAAAUUUUCCCAGGCAAAACCUUUCCCUGAGGGACAAUCGGACGACGACAUGGCUGGCCAAUCUGUUGAUAGCGCGCGGCGAGAGCAGAUUGAACAGGCACUCAAGGUACUGGAUGAAGAAGGUGAUGCCCGAAUUGAGCAGUUGCAGAAACGGAUCGAUUUGGCUUGUCUCUCCAUUGCAGGACAUGGAACACUUCAAAUCAAUCAAAUGAUAUCGCUCAUUCGAGAUAUGACCAUGCGAGAAUUUUGCGGCAAAUAUGGCGCAGACGUCAAUAAAUGGCUGGCAGACUAUGUUCAGCAACAAACGCAAGAAGCCCGCAACUUUGAAGCGGUCCGUCGCUCAAGGUCUCAACGAAACACCAAAAAGCGUUGAACGAGCCUAGUGCAAGAACCCCUUUCCAACGUUCGUUU